CGUCAAUUUAGUGGCAAAAGGAAAUCCCACCAUCACCGAAGUGGAUAUAUGAAGCUGCAUCGCAACUUGCCUCUUUGUUGUGUCUAUUCGUAUUUUGUUUGUUAUUAAUUUUAUUGUUGUUUAAUUUUAAAUUAAUUACAUUGCAAUUAUGGAUAAAUCACAUAAUCCCAAUGACAUUGAAUUACGCACACGUCAUUCGUCACAAGAAUCAAAAAAACAAAGAAAAGACAAUCGUGUUCGUAAAUGUAAUUUUCAAUGGACAUCCGAAGCUACAAUGAUUCUAAUAGAAAAUGUUGAAAAAUUUGAAAACUUAUGGAAUCCAUUGUAUCAUUCGUACAAAGAUCGUAAAACACAUCAAAAGUCAUGGGAAAGAAUUGCUAAAUCAUUGUCAUUGCCAAAGCAAGAAGUUGUUGUAAAAUGGAAUUCUCUUCGGAGCAAUUACAGAAUUUAUUUGAAAAACCGUCGAAAUACAAGUGGACGAGAUGGUAAGCAGAGGAGUCCACAUCGAUUUUUUGUAGCUAUGGCCUUCUUGAAUCCAGUAUUGAAAAUUGACAUCAAGAGUCCAGAUUCGAAUUUGGUCAAAAAUGAAACUCCCAAAAACCCACUUCCUCCUGAAAAUAACUCUCGCUCUUCAAGUUUCUUGAAGGACAUCGACAACGGGCUUGAUAUUAUCACAGGAGAACCAAAUGAGCCAAACAUAUUCGAAAUCAAAGAAGAAACAUCUUCAUUGACAUCGGAUGAUAACUUGCCUUCAGUGAGUCAACAUGAAGACAAUCAAAGUAUGUCUCAGCAUGACUCCAGGACACCAAAGUUGCUACAUAAGAAAAUAAACAACAAAAGAAAUAUGCAUAUAUUGAGCGACAAUCAUGAUAAUGACACUCAAGAGGAAACGGAAGAAGAAGAUUUGGAGUCAUUGAAAAAAAGAAAACUAAGACUGGAAAUUUAUAACCUCCAAUUGGAUGCAGUGAAAAAAGAGAUUGAACUGGGAUUAGAAAGAAGCCAUUUAACUGCGGUAUUAUACGAAAAUUGGGAUGCGUCUAUUGGGGAAGAAAUAUAAAAUUAGAAUUACACUAAACCUAAGCUUAAUAAAUAGAAUUUUAAUUUAAUUCAAUGUAAACAAAUAUUUGUGUAUGUAUUUUUGUUGUACCGCUCAUUUCACGAAAACUCAAAAGAGAACAGAGUAAUUCUAAAAAACCUCUUCCUUAUCGUCACCGAGUCAAAUCAAAUUCCAUUUUGACAUUAGUUUAAAUACCUUUAGGUCAAAGCAUGAUAAGCAAUAUUGUUAGUCAAUUAAAAGUUGAUAAGAUACAGAACCUACCUAAUUAGUUUAAGUCCAGUUGUUUUUUGUUU